GGCAAAAGCCUUCCGCUUACCGUUACAAAAUGUGCGAAAGAAAUUACAGCCAGCCGUUGCUGCACCCAACUGCAUUGUUAAUUUUGUUGUCGUUGUGCUCAUUCUGUUGCCGCCAUUUUUCGCACGCGCUUCAGAGAUCCACCAUUGCGGUGCCGAUCACUUCGAGUGCCGAGACGGAAGCUGCAUCUUACAGGAGAAGAUGUGUGAUGGACGUCAUGACUGUCUAGAUAGCUCGGACGAGCUCGACUGUGAGAAGAAAAUGUGCCGCAAACCUAAUUGGUUCCAAUGCGCCAAACCCAAUGGCCCCUGCUUGUCAUCGGAACUGAUUUGCAAUGGUGUCGAGAACUGCCCUGGCGGCGAAGAUGAAUUGGACUGCGUCAGCUCGUCUUCAAGGUCGUCGUCGUCCUCGCUGUGGAUCAGCGGUGGCGCUGGCAGGGCAAGUUCAGCGAGCGCUGAUGUCGGCACGGGCGGCUGGCAUUCGUCAAAACGGAAUUGCAGCACUUUCGAGUACACCUGCCGUACGGAUAAGACUUGCAUACCUUUGGAUUUUAUGUGCGAUGGCAAGAGCGAUUGCCAUGAUCGUUCCGAUGAGGUGGAUGGUUGCGAGCGCGCCAGAACUAAUUGCAUUGGUUUCUUUUGCGACAAUAAAAAAUGUCUGGAGAGUAAAAAAUGGAUUUGCGAUGGUGUUGAUGAUUGCGGUGAUGGCAGUGAUGAACGGAAAUGUGGUUUCAAUUGCACACUGGAAGCGGGCCAGUUCUUGUGUCACGACAACUCCAGCUGCUUAUCAAUCGAUGCAGCUUGCAAUGGUAAGGCGGAGUGUGCGGAUGGUAGUGAUGAGUCACACCUAUGCACUACAACAACCAACAAUUGCAGCACAAAAGCAUGUCCGCCGGCGUCGAUAUGCAGAAUGUUACCCGAGUCGGGCGCGCAGUGUAUUUGUCCCAAAGGUUAUCGUAUGUCAGCGGUAGAGAAUGUUUGUAGAGAUAUCGACGAGUGUUUGGAGAUUUAUGGUCUGUGCUCGCAAGGUUGUACGAAUACGCGCG